GCCAGAAGUAAUGACCUUCCUACAGCAGUGGGCAAAGUGGUUCAGAUGGAUGGUACUGAGCUACCUGAGCUGCUGUUAUCCCCCACAGGCCGAGGCACAGUUUCCCCGUGCCUGUAUGACAGUGGAGGCACUGCGGGCCAAGCGCUGCUGUCCAGCUUUGGGGCUAGAGCCAAGCAAUAUGUGUGGCUCCCGACAGGGCAGAGGAUCGUGCACAGAGGUGCAAGCAGAUGCCAGGCCAUGGAGUGGCCCCUACACCCUACGGAACGUGGACGAUCGGGAAAGAUGGCCCCUAAAGUUCUUCAACCAGAGCUGCCAAUGCACAGGGAACUUUGCUGGCUAUAACUGUGGUAACUGCAAAUUUGGCUGGACUGGCUCCAACUGUGAUGAAAAGAAGCCACUAGUUGUCCGGAAGAACAUCCAUUCCAUGACAGCAGAAGAGAGAGAUCAGUUCUUAGAUGCUUUAGACCGUGCAAAGAAUACCAUUCACCCAGAUUAUGUGAUUGCUACUCAACACUGGCUGAGUCUGCUUGGGUCCAACGGAACUGAACCACAAGUUGCAAACUGUAGUAUUUAUAAUUAUUUUGUGUGGCUUCAUUACUACUCCGUCAGGGACACCCUAUUAGGGCCUGGCCGUCCAUUCACUGCUAUAGACUUCUCACAUCAAGGGCCUGCUUUCGUUACCUGGCAUAGGUAUCACUUGCUGCUGCUAGAAAGAGAUCUUCAGCAACUGACUGGCAAUGAGUCCUUUGCACUGCCUUACUGGAAUUUUGCCACAGGUAGAAAUGUGUGUGAUGUGUGUACAGAUCAGCUUUUUGGAGCAUCAAGACCAGACGAUCCAAGCCUAAUAAGUCAGAAUUCAAGAUUCUCGCGCUGGGAAGUAGUAUGCAACAGCUUGGAUGACUACAAUCGUCUGGUUACUCUGUGUAAUGGGACUAAUGAAGGGCUACUGAGAAGGAACCCACGAGGAAGGUUGAAUGAGCAGCUGCCUACCAUGGAAGAUAUUCGGAACUGUCUUUCACUCCAAGAGUUUGAUAGUCCGCCAUUUUUCCGGAAUUCCAAUUUCAGCUUCAGGNAUGCCCUGGAAGGGUUUGAAAACCCAGAUGGAACUUUUGUCUCUCCAGUGAUGAGCCUUCAUAACCUGGUUCACUCUUUCUUGAAUGGAACCAGUGCUCUUCCUCAUGCAGCAGCCAAUGAUCCAAUUUUUGUGGUAAUGAACAAUUCAGUAGUGGGGAAUCUUACUACCAUUUUGUUGCAUCUGAAGGAGCAAGUUACCACCUUGUUACCAAAUGUCUUAAUAUCAAUUCUUCACUCUUUUACUGAUGCUGUCUUUGAUGAAUGGAUGAAGCGAUUUAACCCAUCUGACAGUGUUUGGCCUGAGGAGCUGGCACCUAUUGGCCACAAUAGGCUGUAUAACAUGGUCCCUUUCUUCCCUCCAGUGACCAAUGAUCAACUUUUUCUAACUGCAGAGCAACUUGGUUACACCUAUGCCAUUGAGCUGCCGGAGGCAUUUGAAGAAACUCAUGCUUGGGCUGUAAUGGUUGGUUCCAUACUUGGAGGAGCACUAAUCGCUUUAAUUGUACUAAUUCUGCUGCUUGCACUCUUUCAGCACAGAAGACAGAGAAAAGGCUUUGAACCAUUAAUGAAUGUAAGCUUCAAUAGAAAAAAAUAUACAGAAGAGGGCUAGUGCUGUAGCGCCGCUUCUACAAGUACAUGAAAUAAAAAUGGACUUGAUUAAUUGAUCAGUCCUUAGCUAGAUGUUUAACUAAUAGGCUCACACACACUCCUUUGAUGGGUACAUUUUCCUAAUCUCAACUUCUUCUGUCACUAGCAGUCCUCAGGUUUAUGUCCUCAAACAUUUUGAAGCAAGACAUGAGAGGGGAAGAUGUAGCCUAAGAUAAACUCUGGUCACAGGAAAAUGUUAGUCUAUCUGUAGCUUGUGUUUCCU